CGUCACUCCGUCAUUGGUGGAGGGACUCGGAGGGGCGGGGCUAGUCAAAUAGGCCAAGUCAGGUGCGUUUUUGAGGCACACGUGCGUCAGAUGGAGGAGUUACCAUGUUUGUAAAAGCACAUUAAAGCAGCGUGUCAGCUGACCCCAGGAUGAAAACACAGGUUUAAAAUCCUCCUUCACAGAGAGAGCUCAGGUUUAACAGUCGGACCAGGUCAGAAAUAAAGCUCCGGGACCAUAAAUAACUCCAAGCUGCAUGAGAGAGAAGGCUCUUCAGGCCAGAUCUGAGCUGCACCAGUGAAGAAGACGAGCACGGGCAGAGGGAGUGCAUUCCACAGUUUGGGUGCAGCAGAGCUGUGAUUGGCUGAACCCUUUUCAGGUGAAUCAUGAUCAGGAGGUCUUUAGACCAGGAACCCAUCCUUCAUCCUGACCCGCCCAUCAGACUUAGCCCUGCCUUCCCCGUCUCGGUUAGCCUUUCAGCCGAGCCCCAGCUGGCUAAGACCCACCCCCCCAGCCACCCUAAAAAUGGUCUCCAGCCCCCCUCCAUCAGCCAGCCCCUCCUCCCAGACGCACCUCCACCUGCUCAUAGAGGCGGGAAGAGACGUUACUCAGUUGGUAUCAAUGUCAGGGGUGUGGCCAAACGGCGACGCCGUGCCAAAAGUGAGAGCCAGGCGGAGCCAUUGCUGCCAAGUCACUUCCUGUUGGGGGGGAACAUCUUCGACCCACUGAACCUGAACUCACUGCUGGAUGAAGAUGUGAACAGGAACACCAACCAGGAGACUCCAAAGGACUCGCCCCUGCCGUCACGCAGCAGAGACCCUGUAGAGAUCCUGGUGCCUCGUGACAUCACUGACCCUUUGAACCUGAAGGGAGGAGCUGAGGUAGGGGGGGCAGCAGGAGUCCUGUUGUCCCCCCUGAAGUCCAGGAGGAGACACAGGUACAGACACCAUGGAGGAGGAGAGAAGGAGGCGCUCCCUGCCAGACUGUUCCUGCCCACAGCUGGAUUCUCAGGGGGCAGUGUUUCAGCAUCUCCUCUCACCUGUGAACUCAACACCACCAUCACCUGUCGAGAAGACGUGGCCCCGCCUCCUGUCCUACCCCGGAGACACACCCACCCACCACCUGGCCCAACCCACAAACCUGCGAACCAGCGACGACGAAGACGUACCACCUCUGCCAAAUCAGCUGAUGGUGCAACAGACUUUGUCACCACGGCAACCACAUCUCUGCCGACCAAGUUUCAGACACCGCUAGUGGGAGGGGCUAAAGCUGUCAGGUGUGCAGGAUCUCACCUGGGCUCUGUUCGGACACCAGGGGAGAAGACAAAGGACAGGCACCGGUACCAGUACGGUAACCACUGCAGUUUCUAUGGUUACCAUGGUUUCUAUGGUGACCAGUAUGAAGGGCGAGUCGGUGCAGAGGAGGACCUGAGGCCCCACCUCCUUGAAGCUGAUUGGUUCAGAGACAAGAGGGUGCUAGACAUCGGCUGUGGCACUGGUCACCUGACUCUGACCAUUGCUCGAAGGUUCAACCCCACCCACAUACUGGGGGUGGAGCUACAUGACCGACUGGUGCACGCAGCAAGGCAGAACAUUAGGCACUUCCUGUCACAUGACCUGGUUGUUGAGGACAGAGGGAGGAAAAAAAGGGAGGAAGUGAUGGAAGAGGUACAGCAGGCUCUCUCUCUCCCCCCCUUUCCCUUGUCCUUCAGGGUGAGUCGAGGUCCACUUGUGGCUCCACCCCUCUCCCUGCCUUCAUCCACCUCUUCUUCCAGGUUCCCCAACAACGUCACCUUCAUUCAGGGCAGUUAUGUGUCAGAGGGGGUAACCUGGCCUGGGCAGGGUCAGUAUGAUGUCAUCAUGUGUCUGGGUGUGACCAAGUGGGUACAGCUUCAGUCAGGUGAUGGAGGCGUGGCCAAACUGUUCAAAAGAGCCUAUCAGAGCCUUUCUCCAGGUGGAUUGUUCAUCCUUGAGCCACAACCAUGGAGGAGCUACAGUCACAGCAAGAAGGCCUCGGACACAACGUUUGGUCACUUUAGGACUCUGAAACUCAGACCUGAACAGUUCACAUCGUAUCUGACUGACAGCGUGGGCUUCAGCUCCUACAGACUGCUGACACGCACAGGUAACCAGCGGCCCAUCUACCUGUUCCACAAAGGCCCCACCCACAGGAAGUGAGGGGACAGGAGUGCUCCUCCUACUGAGAUUGUGAUUGGUCGAAAGACUAGAUGAGCAGUCACAUGACCGAUCUGACUGAACUGAGCAUGCUCGGUGUGACCAGCUGAUGAAACACAAGAGCAGCUGGAGCUGAAUCAGUCUUGUGAUGAAGACUCACACCUGUGGACAGGAAAUGAUUCAGUUUUCAAAAUAAAAGUGUUUUUUCUGAAUAAAAUGAGCCAAUUUUC